CAGCACUUGGCCUCAUUGGGCUGGACCCAUGAAAAAGAGCGCACUGUUUUUUCUCACUGUCAUAGACACAAGUAAGAACGACGUCGUUGACAUAUACUAUAUCUUGCUUCUUGGCUGGAGGAGCAGAAGCUGGUUUUUUACUCUUCGCAUCGAAUUGAGGGGAUAGGGAUUUGAUCGAAGAGGAGAGUGAUGGAUUUCUCUUCGGUGAGAGCUGCGUUGGAUUCGAAGUCGUACGACAAGGUUGCAGAUGUGUGCGACAACUUGAUGCUUCAGGUUGCAGCUGACGGCAUUGCUUAUCAGGACGAUUGGCCCUACGCAGUUCACCUCCUCUCUCACAUUUAUGUUCACGACAUCAAUAGUGCGCGCUUUCUUUGGAAGUCAAUACCUUCCUCAAUCAAAGAGAGCCAGCCUGAAGUCACCGCGGUUUGGAAAAUUGGUCAGAAGCUCUGGUUACGUGACUAUGCUGGAGUGCAUGAGGCAAUCCGUGCCUUUGAUUGGACUCAGGAACUCCAAGCCCUAGUUGCUUCAUUUGCAGAACUUUACACAAAGGAGAUGUUUCAGCUGCUUCUCUCUGCAUAUUCUACGAUAAGCAUUAAAGACACUGCUUUAUUUCUGGGAAUGAAUGAGGAUGAUGCUACAAAUUAUUUACUGCAGCAAGGCUGGACUGUGGACCCUGCCUCUCGGAUGCUUAUUGUGAAGAAGCAACCUGUUGUGACAGAGCAGAAACUUGAUCCUAGUAAAUUGCAGCGAUUGACAGAAUAUGUCUUCCAUCUUGAGCAUUGAACCUCUUAAUUAUGAAGGAAUUAGAAGUUUUAUUUUCUAAAAUCUUCUCAAAUUGAUCAAUCAUAUGUUCUAUGUUCUUGAAGAUGCGUGAAAGUACAUAUAUCCUGUUGAUAAUUUUGUUGCUGACCUGUAUGUUUUUGAACUUUAGCACUGAUUGGUGAAAUUUGCAUCUCACUUGGUAGUUAUUCAACGUACCUCUCUCUGUGUCUCUUAUAUGACAUCGAAACAGUUACAAAUUUGCGUAUUACACUUCUUUUGGGGAGAAACCACAAGAUA